AUGAUGUCUGAAAAAAGGAUAGCAAUGGGUCUGGUGAACUUCGAACAAUUCAAAUCUCGAUUGGAGUUCUACAAUAGCAGAACUGUGCGGCCACUAGUUGUCGCGCUCUUCAGUAAAAUGGAGGCAAUCAAUAACUUCGGGGAACUCGCAGCACAUAUAGACAUGAGUUAUCCUGUCUGGUUAUUUCUGUUCACCAGUGAAGGGAAUUCUGACAUUUGCAAGUUCUGUCGUAAUCCAUACCGGAACUUACUGAAUCUCAGAUUCAAUUCCGAGGCACUCGUCUCGUGCUGCAGUUCCGGGAUUAUUGACGAGUGGUGGUCGAAAACGACGAACCACACGAACACCAGGGAACUCGGUAAGUGGAACCAAGAGCGGAGGAAAAUCGAGUGGUUCACCGAGAGUUCACUGUAUAACCGAAGGUCCUCCGUCGAAGGCCGUGAAUUUCGGGUGGCAAUCGUCAAGGGAUCUGGUUACAUCUGGCAGAAGAACGGGGAGUUCUUCGGGUUCCUGGGGGAACUCCUGAAGGAACUGUCCCACGUGAUGAAUUUUUCGAUUUCACACGCGAUCACGACUUCAGGAUAUGGCAGCUGGAACCCCGAAACGUCUAAAUGGAACGGAGUUAUUGGAACUCUCCAACGGAAUGAAGUCGAUAUGGCGAUUUCAGAAUUCAGCAUGACACAUAAGCGACUCGAUAUGGUUGACUUCACUAUUCCCAUCGCGGUAGGAUAUGCCCGGAUAUACAUUCAGAAGCCGAAUGGCGCCCACGUCAAGUGGAACGCAUAUUUCAAGUUCAAUUCGGAAGUCAUUAUUUCUUGUUGUGACUCGAACAUCAUCGGGGAGUGGUGGUCCAAGGCGGGAAAUGAGACCCAUUCCAGGGCACUCGGUAUUUGGACUGAUGGAGAGAUUCGAUGGACAACUGAUCAAUCUCUUUACAGUCGACGACAUUUCUUCGUUCAACGGGAAAUCCGCGUCUCCGUCGUCAGGGGUUCCAGUUAUGCUUGGGAGAAGAACGGAGAGCUCGAUGGUAUGUUGGGAGAAAUAAUCAAGGAAUUAUCUCGAACAAUGAAUUUUUCGAUAUCAGUUCUGAUAAAGGAGCCCUAUUACGGUAGCUAUGAUUAUCAAUCAUCAAAAUGGACAGGUGUAAUUGGGAGAGUUCUCCGAGGAGAAGUUGAUAUAGGAGCUGCUGACUUCAGCAUGACACCAGAGCGAGUGGAUCUGGUUGAAUUUACAAUUCCCCUUGCAGUUGGAGAUUGUCGAUUGUACGUAAAAAAACUCGAUGGCGCUCAUCUGCAGUGGAACGCCUAUUUCCGGAUGGUUUACCGGGGUCACUUGCAGACAGAUGAUCCUCGAGAUGCUCCAAAAUUAGUGCGGAUGACGCCACUCCGAUGUAGCACCAGAGGGGAAGUCCCUUCCAAGGGCUGGCGUCCCCCAGGCCACGAAAGUUCUAAUAAAAUAUCCCUGGCUCCCCCAAAACUGCGAAACAUCAGUGAAAUACGUGAGAGUGUGAGCAAACCCAUCGCCACCAAAAAAAUCGAUCACCUCCAGAGGAAGGUGAUCUCCAGCUCCAGAGCUCCGAUGAACUCGAUGCUGGCGAAUCUGCGGGACCUGGAACGGCUGCGAAGCAAAACUCAUAAUGUUAAAUAUCACAGUGAGACAGGAUUGAAUUCUAGAAUAAUACCAAGUAAUUGCGAAACCAAGAAAUUGAGACCUUUGGAGCCCGUGGGACUGCAAACACCUCCUGGAAGGCACAGGCUGACUCAACUCGGUCGGAUUACACCUCCGGAGGCGUUUGAUGAUGACAAAAGGGGCAAGGAUCUUCUUUCUCCUAAACCUGAUAUUCUUCAAGGCCUUUUGCAAGAGUCUGAUCGACAAUUGAAGCAACUGCGACAUGAUUUCGAUGGGGGAAUCGCUAGGUAUUGCGACAGCGAGUCUGAGAGCGAGUCCAAUGAUAAUCGUAAAG